GACUCCCUAAUCAUUUAGAAAAUCUUGAAUUUACAUGAAUGAUUAAAACAUAUUUUAUAUAAAUAUCUAAAAAGCAAAUUAUUAUUAUUAAAAAAAUUGGUGUGUGCUAAGGACAUAAUUAGAAAGUAAUUACUGUAGAUAUCCCAGAAACAACAAUACAACUUUCUUCAAAGGGUUAAACUGCGUGCGCAGUGUAAUCCCUUUUAUGUACCAUCCAUCUCGUGCGAGAUGAUAUCUCAAUAAGUAGACAUCUUGUCAGUUGUAAAACAAUUCUUAGCUGAUCUGCUAUAACCUUUCUUCUAGACAUUCUUCAGUCAACUGCCAGAAUAGGAAGGCUUUGUUUACGCAAUCAGCAUUCCCCAACCUUGGUCUUGCUGUUAUUAAAACAUGCAGUUGGAGCAAUGUUGGCAAUUGAAUCAAUCAGACAGAUCACAUAUUUACACUGAGAGAUAAUUGUGUUUUACAAAUAGCCUAUAGGCCUACACAUUUCAAAUCUGGUUUUAAGUUAUUACAAAAAGGUUAUGCAGUAGGAGAAGAACAUUAUUUAUACUUAAUAACAAAACUAGUACUAAAUACUAUAUAUAAAUAUAGUACUAGUAAUAUAGGUUCUAAUAGCGAUUAUGGCCUAUUCACAAUUUUGCCACUAACCAGGGACCGCGAGUGGCUAUUUACAUUGACAGAGCAUGUCAUUCAUCACAUGGUCGGACAAGAGAAAACUGUAAAGCAACAUAUUUGGACUAAAUAAGUCAACACGCCUAGAUCAUUCUCUGUGUUGAUUCACUUGCGUCAAAGUGCCCUACGGCAAUGUUGUGCUGCAUUUGGUGUCAACGAGGCGUUUUACACUCAGUAAAAACAAGGCGAGGCGAUGUGUUUAGAAGUUCAAAUAACACUUGCCAACAACAGCGUUUAGAUUGUGUUUACAUUCCGAAUUAAAAAGUGCCUUCUAACAAAAGUAAACACAAGGUGUUUUUCGCACGAACGUUUGGAUUGCGGCAUGGCGAUGGAAAUUCUAUCCGCCCUCAUCCAUCGCCCACUGGCUACAACCUGUCAAUCACAAAACUGACUAUCGCUCAGUAACCUUUAUUUGGAACGCUAUCGCAGCACCCAUGACAGAAGAACACUUCACUGGGAAGUCGUAUGGGUUUGACAAUCAUGCACUCCCAAUCGCUUGGAAUGAUCUAAUUCUAUUUCGUUUUCUUUUCAAAGUUAGGUUAAUCUUAUACAGUAAAUAAUGCUAUUUGGUAAUAGUCCUUGAUUUGGGAAUUUGGACAACUCUUUCAAGGAGGUCCCAACCAAACAGUGGACUUUAUUGGGAAUGGAUCACCACGUUCGUCUCAUCUAUUUUCUAUUUCCGUUGAUAUGCUCUAUAACAGCAACAAGACUUGAAAUAAUUGACCCCGAACCAGCACAGCAAUGCAGCAAGUACAGUUUAUGAAUGUUCAACAAGCUGUUUUCCACUGUCACACAAGCACACACACACACGCGAGGUGUAUCAGCUCGACAGCCGCUAUGCAGGGGAGUCAAUAACAGAAGAGACAUGGGACAGUUGCAAAUCAUGAUUGUGGAUGGAUCAAUGACUAUUGAUAAACUGAAUGCUAUAAAUGGUCUUGCAAGGAGACUCGUUGGCAGACAAACUUUGUAUCAACAUGGCGUGUAAUGUUUUGUCUCAUUGUGGGCCGGCCGCAAGCAAUAAAGGGGUUGAACGACUGCAGUCAAAAAGCUGCGGUCGUUCCGUUUGAGGAGGGUCCUGUAAACAUCAGCCGACUAGACCUCAAAGUGUUUCUAUGUUGUACAAACAGAACGGACUGCAAACUGUGCUUGCGUAUUCAGCUCUACCUCUCAGUCCAAGGUCAGCAUAUGGACGAGGAGGUGUCUGGUGACCAUGGAGAGUACAGGAACCUGGAUGAGUUGGUAGGACAAGGGAGUAGUAGGGAGGUGACAGGCAUUUCAACAGAAGUGUGUUAUAGCUUCCCUAACUUCCAGCCUCGAUGUACGGAAGUGAGGUUCAGAUGCUGUCACUCUGCACUGAGUGAGCCAUUCUUAUUUGAGAUGUGGCUGUCCUUCCUGGCUAGGGCAAAGUUUGGCAGCCCAGUCCUCAUCACACUGCUCAAUAUAGCGAGCACCAUCACCAUCCCAUCAUUACAAGAAGUUUGUUCCUCUGACCUGUAUGUUUCAGUUAAAGAGUGUGAUGUGCCCAAGCUUCAAGCUGUGACUGACCUGAGGAAAGGUGUGGCUCUGCUCCAAUUGGACAACUCUAGUAUGACACAGACCAAGGAGAUGGUGAUGUGCCAAAUGUUUGGGACAGGAGUGGGUGGAGUUUGCAGAAAACUGAAUUGGCACAAAGACCAGAGGGAGAUGGCUAUUCCUCUGACUUCUAUUGCACCUUGCUUGUGUUUUCGGGUCAGAUGGAAAGGAAAGGAACUUCACAACAUGGUCUGCCCCUUCCUUAACCACCAAGAAAUCUUCAGAAGAAUGCGGGAUAACGUGUCUGUGUCUGUGGUGGAGGCACAGACGAGGGAGGGCAGUGUCAAAGCUCUUCAAUGGAACCUGACUGCUCCUUGUAGACUAGAGGGGGGACUCUGGCUGUGCAGGACAGAUGUGGUGGCAGGCCAGUGUGUGGAGGUGGAGGGUUCCAGACAAAAACUGAAUAACCAGUCCAGUGAUGGCUGGAUUGCCACUCUCUAUGGACACUGGAAAUGGGGAGAGUUCCUGAAUGUGAUGCCUGAUCCUGCUCUCUGUGUACAGGUGAAAGUGCAGGGAAUGGAUUCUGACCUGGAGCCAGUGUGUCCAUUUGCAAGAACCCGUGGACGAUGGACUAUGCCUUUGCUUUUUGGUCUGUUGUUCAUCUGUCUGAGCAUUCCAGCAGCUUUUGUCAUACAGGGUGUCCUAAAAGGAUAUUUGUGGAGGUGGUUGGAAGAGGAUGACAUAAAAGGUGCAGUAGGAGGGGGUCAUGUGGUGCUGCUGUACCUCCCUGAUGAGGACCCAGCUUUAUCAGGGCUGGUAGGUCGACUGGGUACAUCCCUUAAAGCUCUGGGCUUCAGUGUAUCUUUAGACCUGUGGAGUCAGGCUGAACUUGGUGUCUUGGGCCCUGUACCCUGGCUUCACUCCCGGCUGGACCGUCUGCAGAGGCAAGGGGGCAAGGUGAUCCUAGUGCUGACCAAGACAUCAUGGGACAGGGCUGAGGACUGGGGCAACUGGGGCUGGGGUAGGGAUUCUCCCAAGGGGAUGGAAGAGGGAGAAGCAGAUGGGGAUUGUCCUUCCCCAUCGUAUUCAGAUGUCUUCAGUGCCUCGUUUAGCUGCAUACUAGCAGACUACCUGCAGGGUCGUGCUGGUGAGCGCUUUGCUUUGGUGCAGUUGGAGUCUCUGCCUCCCCAGCUGGCUGGGGGUAGCAGGCCCUUGCCUGAACUCUUUCGCGGGCUCCCCCUCUUCAGUCUGCCCUCCCAGAGCCUGGGCUUUCUGACGGAACUGGCCGCACGAGGGCGUGGAGCUACUGUGUCGGGGCGAAGGCGACGUGCCGGGGGGCUGAGGGCUGCCUCACGGGCCCUGGCAGGAGGAUUGAGGGGCUUUACUGGUGAGUCCGCUGUGUUUCGUCUAGGAGGCGUGUCCCAAGACUGUGUUGGAACAGAGGUGGAGGACCUUUGGGAAACUGUACCUCUGCAGCCAUCUCUGUCUCUUCUCUCCACCCCACCAUCCAGCCCCGAUACAUGUUCCAAGAACGUUGGCUUAGACUGGGUUUGAAAGGGCAGGAGAGACUGUGGAGCUGUCAGAAGCCUAGCAUAAGAGGACAGCUGUGACCAUUGUAGCACUACUGUAAAACUAUUUGGUUUCAAGAACUUUUUACCCCAAAUACUAUGGGUUAUGUAAAGUUAUGUUUCAUCCUGUUUCAUAAUAGGCUUAAAAAGGAGAAAGUUACUUUCGUAAACUACUACUUCACACUUUAUUGUAUUUCUAACUUUAAAUAUGUAGUGUUAACUAUAUCAGAAUAUGGCUGAUUAACUUACCUUUUCUGACAACAUACAUUUUUGCUCAUGGGUGUGGUUGGGUGUUUUGCUGUAAAUUUUUGCCAUAUUAACUUGACAUGUACAUGUAACAUAUUGUAAAUCAGAAGAUUGUGUUCUGUCCAAUGAGCUUAGAGUGUGUGUGUGCUAUGGGAUUGUACAUGCUUGUGUUUGUAAUAUGGGAUGUAGAUAAAUGUAGCUACUGUUCGACUUCAAUGUCCAGAUCCUUAUUUGUUUCUAUGCAUUUUUCUCUGUUGAUGUGCAUAUUCACAGGGCUUUUUUAAUAAAACAAAACACAACUUCCUUUUGUUUUGGGAUGACAUAAUAAAACAAGCAAAAACAAAUGGA